CAUUUCUUUUUACCUCUAAGCCCAAAAUUUAUCGUUUGGUUACCAUUCUAUUAAAUUCAAUGAGAGCCUAUAUCUAAGUCUAAAUAAAACAACUUGCUGUCAACAUUUGAUCUCCUCUUUCUUUCUCUCACAAACAAACACACCAAAUUGUAGUUUUAACAUCUUGUCUGAAAACUCUCUUCUUUAAAACCUUUUUCUUUUUGUACAUAGCAAAAAAACACAAAGGAUCAACCAUGGCUGCUAACAAAUUUGCAACCAUGUUACACAGAAACACCAACAAAAUCACCCUUGUUCUAGUCUAUGCAAUCCUUGAAUGGAUUCUCAUCAUUCUUCUCCUUCUAAAUUCACUUUUUUCUUAUUUGAUCAUAAAGUUUGCUGAUUAUUUUGGCCUCAAAAGACCCUGCAUGUGGUGUACAAGAAUUGAUCAUAUCAUUGAGUCUGGAAAAAGUAACAUGAAAAACCCUUGUAGAGAUCUUGUGUGUGAAGCUCAUGCUGUUGAGAUUUCAAAAUUAGGGUUUUGUUCAAAUCAUCACAAACUUGCUGAAUCAGAUAAUAUGUGUGAGGAUUGUUCAUCUUCUUCAAAACAAAAGCAUGUUGACUUGUCUCAAAGUUUUGGUUUUUUUCCAUGGAUGAAGAAAAUAGGAAUGAUUGAAGGUGAUGAUGAAAAGGUAAUUGAAAAAGUUGAGGAGGGUUUGAAAUGUUCAUGCUGUGGUGUUAACUUUGAUAGCAGAUUCUACCCUCCUUGUAUUUUGAUUAAUCCUUCUAUGAACAUUUUGGAUUAUGAACAGAAUCAGAAUAUGAUCAAAGAAGAGGUUGGUGAUGGUAAUCAUGUGUCAGAUCACAGCAGAUCAGAUUUUGUACUUGAUCAUCAUGAAUAUCAACAGAAUACUGAAGAAAACAGUGGAAAAAUUCAUAUGGUGUUUGAGGUUGAAAAGGAUUCAUGUAUAAAAGAAGAGGAGGCAGAGGAGACUUGUGCUUGUUCUGUUUGUGAUGGUGUCAAAGAAACCAUGGUUGAUGAUAUUUUCAAGGUGGAAUUUGGUGUUGGGAAAGAAAAAAAUGAAACCUUGGAAGAUGAAGCCUUGAAAUUGAAUUUUCCAAAGGCUAAGGAUGAUGAUGUUGAAGUUGAGAAAAGUGAGGAAAUUCAACCUAAACAUCUUGAUUUUUUCAUUCAUGGUGAUGAUUGCAGUUUGAUUCCUGUUGAAAUGGUUGAUUCCACUGCCACAGAAAAUGAAAAUCAAAGUAGAUUUAAUAAGGUUGGGGAUGAACGGUUUAAUGGCAGUGAAGAUUUUAUUCUGGAUUUUGGCAUGAGUACUACUGAUGCAGAAGCUGAACCAGUUAUUGCCAAUUGGCACAUUUCUGGUGACAUUGUGGCAGAAUUUUCAUGUGAAGAGGAUAAAAAUGUCUCCAAAGUAGAAGAAAAUUUGGAGCAGUGUUAUCAAGAUUUGAGAUUUGCUCAAAAAGAUGAAGACUUGACCAAGGAUGAUAAUGUUGAAACAAACAUGGAAAAAAUGAUGAAUGGAGAUGGAGAAUUAUGUUCAAAUGUUUCUCUAGCUUCUGAAGAUGAUGCAUCACAAACUCACGGUGAGGAAUUUGAAGCAGAAGUAUCAAUUGGGACUGAAAUUCCUGAUCAGGAACAAGUGGAUGAGUAUGAAGACCAAGAUAUACAUUUUGAUACAAAUCAAAGAAUGCAAGAAGAUUCAUCUACUAGCUCAGUCAGAAUUUAUGUUCAACAUGAUAGUGGUGAUGAAAAAGGUGAAGAGUUUGUAGAAUUUAAAAACAUGUCACUUGAAGUGAGAAUGCCAACAGCAAGUAACCAUUUUCCAUCAUCAUUGGAGCUUAAUGAGAAUGAGGAAGAAAAAGUUCCCGACACACCCAAUUCUCUAGAUAGUCUUCAUCAACUACACAAAAAAUUACUUUUACUUGAGAGGAAAGAGUCGGGAACGGAAGAAUCGUUGGAUGGAAGUGUAAUGAGCGACAUAGAAUGCGGCGAGGUGACAUUCGAGAAUUUAAAAUCAGCGCUGAAAUCCGAAAGGAAGGCAUUGAAAACUCUCUAUGCAGAACUAGAAGAAGAAAGAAAUGCAUCUGCUGUAGCAGCCAAUCAAACAAUGGCAAUGAUUAAUAGGCUUCAAGAAGAGAAAGCGGCAAUGCAGAUGGAAGCUUUGCAUUAUCAGCGAAUGAUGGACGAACAAUCCGAGUACGAUCAAGAGGCUUUGCAGCUUUUGAAUGAGCUUAUGUUGAAGAGGGAGAAAGAGAAGCAAGAGGUGGAAAAGGAGCUUGAAGUGUACAGAAAAAAGGUUCAUGAAUAUGAGGUAAGAGAAAAGAUGAUGAUGAUAUCCAGAAGAGAUGGUAGUAUAAGAAGCAGAACUACUUCAUCUCCUUCUUGUAGCAAUGCUGAGGAUAGUGAUGGAUUGUCCAUUGAUUUCAAUCAACAAGAAGCAAAGGAAGAAAAUGGUUUUUGCAGCCAUCAGGAAUGUAGCAACCAGAACACUCCUGUUGAUGCUGUCUUACAUUUGGAGGAAUCAUUGGCAAAUUUUGAGGAAGAGAGGUUAUCAAUACUAGAACAGCUGAAAGUGUUGGAAGAAAAGCUAAUUAUAUUGAAUUAUGAAGAACAACACUGCUUUGAAUUUGAUGAUACUACUACAUCAAUAGAACAUCUUUGUGAAGAGAAUGGGAAUGGAUAUCAUGAUGAUGACGAAGAUGAUCAACAAGGCCAUGUAAAUGGAUUUCAAAAUGGUAAUGGAAAGCAGCACCAAGGGAGGAAAAUCAUGGCCGCUAAAGCAAAGAGGCUUCUUCCACUUUUUGAUGCAAUGAGUACAGAAGCAGAAGAUGUAGAGUUAAGUGGAGAUGAAAAUGAAAAUGAAAACGAAUUAGAAUUUUCGAAGUUGCAAAAUAGUUCAACUCAAAAGGCCAAUUUGGAUAAGAAAAAGGUUGGUUUAGAAGAGGAGGUGGACCAUGUUUAUGAAAGACUACAAGUUCUUGAGGCAGAUAGAGAGUUUCUAAAGCACUGUAUCAGCUCCUUGAGAAAAGGCGAUAAAGGGUUAGAUCUUCUUCAAGAAAUUUUACAACAUCUACGUGAUUUGAGGAAUGUGGAACUCAGAGUCAGAAACAUGGGAGAUCUUGCAGUAUAAAAAAUCUAUAUGUGUUCAACUAUACCAAAUAUAUGACAGUUGAUAUAUCCACAUGCUGCAAACCAAGCAUACAUGAGCAAUUAGCACCAUGCAGUGUUCUCUACAUAUAUACACAAGACAUGACACCAAUGCAUCACUUCAAUUUUAACAAAAAGAUCAGUGGGAGUUCCCUAAUGGAGAAGGGAGAGUCCUUGUUGUAUGGUCUGUUUGAUACAAUGUGGUGGACAACAAAAAUUAAGUCUACCUUUUUUUCUCUUCUUGAUAUUUUCAUUUUCUUGUUUUUUUUGUCCAAGUGGGCCCAAAUUUUUGUGGGUUGUGUCUAUCAUCAUUACCUUUUAUGGAAAAGGAGGGUGAUAAGUAUAUGUGUGUGUAGGCUAGUGAGGUAAAGACAUGCUGUCAUUUGUAUUUUGUGAGGAAUGACCUGGCUUGUAAAGCUGGAAAAAUGAGAUCCAUAAAAAAAGAUUCUAGUGCCAGGUACAUAGAAUUAGUUUGUUAGAGAGACAGAAUUAAGGUCACUAGUUUUGUCAUUUUUUACAUUAUUUUUUUUAAGGUAAGAGUGAAAAUUGAGGUAAGUAGCCUCUUUCUCUCAUCUUUUGCAUUAUUGCAUCCUAUGAGGUUUGUUUCUUUUUGAAGACAAAAAGCUGAGUCACUUGUAUACUACAUGUAUUCAUUUGUAAUUUUGUAAUUAAUAUAAAAAAGUGAGUGUUUGUUUAUAA